AUGGAAAUUAUUUCAUCAAAACGAUUCAUUUUGUUGACUUUAGCCACUUCAAGCUUACUGACAUCAAACAUCUUCUGUACAGAUGAAUUAAUGGUGCCCCAUUGUCACAGCAAAGAAAAGGAUGGCAAGUAUUCCCAGCCUAGAGGAAUCCCAAAAGGGGAAAAGGAAAGAAGUGUCACUUUUCAAGAACUAAAAGAUUGGGGGGCAAAGAAUGUUAUUAAGAUGAGCCCAGCCCCUGCCAACAAAGUGCCCCACUCAGCAGCCAACCUGCCCCUGAGAUUUGGGAGGACCCUGGAAGAGGAAAGAAGUCCCAGGGCACGAGCCAACAUGGAAGCAAUGACCUUGAGCCGCGUUCCCAGUCUGCCACAAAGAUUUGGGAGAACAACAGCCAGAAGCAUCCCCAAGACACUGAGUCAUCUGUUACAGAGAUCCCUGCAUUCGCUGGCCACCAGCGAGUUGCUCUAUGCUAUGACUUGCCAGCAUCAAGAAAUCCAGAGUCCUGAUGGAAAGCAAGCUAGGAGACAAGCAUUCAUGGAAACAGACGAUGAAGAAGGGAAACACGAAAAAUAG